AUGGAUCCGAAACAGCAGCAACAAUAUUGUGCAGCGCCCGAUAUGAUGGUGCAAUCUGCAUCAACGGGCCCCAAGUCAAAGGCACAAUUAAACUCAGGAAAUUACAUUAAUGUCGUGCCAAUGGCUGUUGUUAAUUCAGGUGUACAAUACCAUCAUCGAAGUAGGAAAUAUCCUCCACCUCAAAUGACAUCCGACUACCAGUAA